CCCACAAAAAAACCUUCUUUUUUUUUUUUGUUUCUCUCUUUUGGUUUUUUUUCCUUUGGGAUGUAACACAAUUAUUGAGCUAAUUAAUAGAAAUGAUAAGGCCAUUCAAUGGAACUCCAUCAUGCGACCGAUGGUUCACACAACUCGUUAAAGGAGAAAAAAGGAAGAAGAAGAAGAAGAAGAAAAGGGCAUUCAAUGGUGUCCGCGCAUUUGUCUCUUCCCUAACCGAGGACUGUUUUAAGGCAAUCCACGCCAAAUUCCAUCGUCGCGCUUCUCUCCUAUCGCCGUACAAACUCUACACCGUGGCAGCUAUGGAGGAGAUACAGCACCGUACGGUGACAGUCAACGGUAUUAACAUGCACGUGGCGGAGAAGGGGACAGGUCCUGUAAUCCUCUUCCUCCAUGGAUUCCCGGAACUCUGGUAUUCCUGGCGUCACCAGAUCACUGCUCUGUCUUCCCUUGGGUACAGGGCAGUGGCUCCAGAUCUCCGUGGGUACGGCGACACCGACGCCCCGGAAGACCCUAACAGUUACACCAGCCUCCACGUGGUGGGGGAUCUCGUUGCCCUCCUGGACUCGGUGGCGCCGGACCAGGAGAAGGUAUUUGUAGUCGGACAUGAUUGGGGUGCGAUGAUGGCUUGGAACUUGUGCCUGUUCCGGCCAGACAGAGUCAGGGCUCUGGUCAACAUGAGUGCUGUGUUCACUCCAAGGAACCCCAAAAGCAAACCCCUCCAAACUUUCAGGGCUGUCUAUGGCGAUGACUACUACAUAUGCAGAUUCCAGGAGCCUGGAGAAAUUGAAGCAGAAUUUGCCCAGAUAGGAACGGAGAGAGUGCUGAAGGAGUUCUUGACAUACCGGACGCCGGGGCCUUUAUAUUUACCCAAAGGGAAAGGAUUUGGACAUCCGGUGGAUACACCGAUUAGCUUGCCGGCUUGGUUGUCGGAGGAAGAUGUGAAAUAUUAUGCAAGCAAGUAUGAGAAGAAGGGCUUCACCGGACCAGUGAACUAUUACCGGAACUUAGAUUUAAGCAGGGAGCUGACAGCACCAUGGACUGGGGAUCAAAUCAAGGUACCUGUUAAGUUUCUUGUGGGUGAUCAGGAUCUAACCUAUAACGCACCCGGAGCCAAGGAUUAUAUACACAAGGGUGGGUUGAAGAAAUAUGUUCCGUUGUUGGAGGAAGUAGUAGUGAUGGAAGGAGUGGCACACUUCAUCAAUGAAGAGAAGCCUGAAGAGAUAAAUAAACACAUAUAUGACUUCUUCCAGAAGUUCUAGUUUUCUGCUUGUUAAGGGUGUGGUGCGUUUACGUGGAUUUGGUGGAUUUGUGUCCGCUGCCUUCGCUUGGAUUGGAUGUGUUCUGUUGUUUCUUUUUAUUAACGAUGUUUUUCUAUUUUAUGGUUAUGGUGGCCAGAUCUGUGCCUGGCUUUUUUAACUGAUAUAUUUCUCUAAAAAUUCAGACUUCAGGGUUCACGUUGUAUGGUUUUGAGAACAAGUUACUGAAUGAUUCAAAUGAAUAAUGUACAGUGGA